AUGUUGGGCUGGGUCCAGAAGGUACUGCCUCAGCCUCCGGGGACCCCUCAGAAGACCAAGAUGGAGGAGGAGGAGGAGGCAGGGGUGGAGCCAGAGCCGGAGCCGGAGCCGGAGCUGGAGCCGGAGCCAGAACCAGAACCGGAGCCGGAGCCUGAAGCGGAGCAAGGGAGAACCCUGCCACCCCAGGAGCCAUCUGAGCUGGAGGAAGUGGCCUCAGGUGACCCAAACCUUGAGGAGACCCAGGAAGCUGCCCCCAGCCCGCCCACAUCUCUCAAGGCGCAGGUCGCUGUGGUUCCAGAAGUAAACAGUGGUCCCAGCGGCUGGGUGCUGACCUGGCUCAGGAAGGGCGUGGAGAAGGUGGUCCCACAGCCCGUCUUCAGCAGUGGAGUAGCCCAGAACACCACUGCUGGCUUGGAGGACCCUGCUCAGGCUGGAGCACAGAUCCUUGGUCACUGCAGCUCUGGGAGCCCAGAUGGACCCAGUGAGGCCUCCGGUUCCCAAGAUACUGGGCCCGGGUCCUGGCUGCUCAGGUGGUUUGAGCAGAAUUUGGAGAAAGUGCUGCCUCAGCCCCCCAAAACCUCUGAGGGCUGGAGGGCCAGGCUCACAGAUGCUGCCUCGGACCCAGAGCCCGAAGGAGCCCCCUUGGAAACGGAGCCCGAGCUGCAGGCCCCAGGGAGUCCCUCACUGCCCACCCCCAGCCCCCCGGAGCCGGAGGAGGAACCAGCUCCAGAGCCCCAGCCUGGCUUCCAGAUCUCUUCCCUGCCGCCACCCGGGGACCCUGCCAGGUUGGUGGCAUGGCUCUUGCACAGACUGGAGAAGGCGCUGCCGCAGCCGGUCCUCCGUGGGAAGGCUGGGGAGCAGAAUCUCGACUCCCCCGUGACGUGUGCUGUGCAGACCAGUAAGGAACUGCCCCGGAUUCAAGAGGAGAGAGAAGAGGAGGAGGAGGAUGGAGAAAAGGAGGAAGAAGAAGAGGAGGAAGAAGAAGAGGAGGAAGAGCUCGAUGUCCUGCUGGAUAGCUAUCUGGUGGGGGAAGCCGGCGCAGACCAGAGUGAAAUAGGCGGGACCCAGCACCGGAGGGCCUCACACCAGGAGCUGCAGAAGGAGGAGGCCAUCACUUCCUCUCCCCAAGUGCCUGCCACGAAAGAGCACCCAGAGGUGCAGGUGGAAGACGCUGAUGCAGACAGCCUCCCGCUCAUUGUGGAGGAACAUCCACCCUCUCCCGUCCCGGUGCCACCUUCUCCUGCCAAAUCCGACACUCUCACGGUCCCAGGCUCUGCAGCAGGGACCCACAGGAAGAGGCUACCCUCCCAAGACGAUGAGGCCGAAGAGCUCAAGGUGUUAUCGCCAGCUGAGUCCCCCGUGGUUGCCUGGUCAGACCCCUCCACUCCACAGGCUACAGAUGGUGAGGACCGUGCAGCCUCCACCGCCAGCCAGAACAGCGCCGUUAUCAACGAGCGGCUCCAGGAGCUGGUGAAGCUGUUCAAGGAGCGGACGGAGAAGGUCAAGGAGAAGCUCAUUGACCCUGAUGUCACCUCUGAUGAGGAGAGCCCCGAGCCCUCCCCAGCUAAGAAAGCCCCAGAACCGGCCCCAGACGUGAAGCGAGCCGACACGGGGCAGGCAGAGGAGGAGCAUUACUGCGAGAUGCUGUGCUGCAAGUUCAAACGCCGCCCCUGGAAGAUGUACAAGUUUCCCCAGAGCAUCGACCCACUGACCAACCUGAUGUACAUCCUGUGGCUCUUCUUCGUGGUGUUGGCCUGGAAUUGGAACUGCUGGCUGAUUCCCGUGCGCUGGGCCUUCCCCUACCAGAGGCCGGACAACGUGCAUCUCUGGCUGCUGAUGGAUUACCUGUGUGACCUCAUCUACCUCCUGGACAUCACCGUAUUCCAGCUGCGCCUGCAGUUUGUCAAAGGCGGGGACAUCAUUACGGACAAAAAGGAGAUGCGGAAUAACUACCUGAAAUCUGAGCGCUUCAAGAUGGACCUGCUCUGCCUCCUGCCCUUGGACUUUCUCUACUUGAAAUUUGGUGUGAACCCCCUCUUUCGCCUGCCCCGAUGUUUAAAGUACAUGGCCUUCUUCGAGUUUAACAACCGCCUGGAAGCCAUCCUCAGCAAGGCCUAUGUUUACAGGGUCAUCAGGACCACAGCAUACCUGCUCUACAGUUUACACCUGAACUCCUGUCUAUAUUACUGGGCGUCGGCCUACCAGGGCAUUGGCUCCACUCACUGGGUUUACGAUGGCGUGGGGAACGGUUACAUUCGCUGUUACUACUGGGCUGUGAAGACCCUCAUCACCAUCGGAGGGCUGCCCGACCCCCAGACGCUCUUCGAAAUCGUCUUCCAGCUGCUCAACUACUUCACAGGCGUCUUCGCUUUCUCCGUGAUGAUUGGACAGAUGAGAGACGUGGUGGGAGCUGCCACCGCAGGACAGACCUACUACCGCAGCUGUAUGGAUAGCACCGUCAAGUACAUGAACUUCUACAGGAUCCCCAGGUCUGUGCAGAAUCGCGUCAAGACCUGGUACGAGUACACCUGGCACUCGCAAGGCAUGCUGGAUGAGUCAGAGCUGAUGGUGCAGCUUCCAGACAAGAUGCGGCUGGACCUCGCCAUCGAUGUGAACUACGAAAUUGUCAGCAAAGUGGUACUCUUCCAGGGCUGUGACCGGCAGAUGAUCUUCGACAUGUUGAAGCGGCUUCGCUCUGUUGUCUACCUGCCCAAUGACUACGUGUGUAAGAAGGGGGAGAUUGGCCGUGAGAUGUACAUCAUCCAGGCGGGCCAGGUUCAGGUCCUGGGCGGCCCGGAUGGGAAGUCUGUGCUGGUGACACUGAAGGCUGGCUCGGUGUUUGGAGAAAUAAGCUUGCUGGCUGUUGGGGGCGGGAAUCGGCGCACGGCCAACGUGGUGGCCCACGGGUUCACCAACCUCUUCAUCCUGGACAAGAAGGACCUGAACGAAAUUUUGGUGCAUUACCCCGAGUCCCAGAAGUUGCUCCGGAAGAAAGCCAGGCGCAUGCUGAGAAAUAACAACAAGCCCAAGGAGCAGAAGAGCGUGCUCAUCCUGCCCCCGCGGGCCGGCACCCCCAAGCUCUUCAACGCUGCCCUGGCCGCGGCCGGAAAGCUGGGCCCCAAGGGGGCAAAAGGCGGCAGGCUUGCCCACCUCAGGGCUCGGCUCAAAGAACUGGCUGCUCUGGAGGCAGCUGCGAGGCAGCAGCAGUUAUUGGAACAGGGCAAGAGCUCGGAAGUCGCCGCCGGAGAGGCAGGCUCAGCCGGCGCAGACCAGCCCGCGGCCCCGGCGAAGGCCGCCCCGGACCAGCCCGCGGUCCCGGCGGAGGCCGCCCCCGACCAGCCCGCGGCCCCGGCGGAGGCCGCCCCGGAGCAGGCCGCGUCCCCCGCGCCCGCCCCGUUGGAUCCCCCGGCCGCGCGCUCUCCGCCACCCGCUUCUCCCGGGAGGCCCGAGGGAGGCGCAGAGCUGGCGGCCGAGGCUGAGGAGCACUCGGUGCGGAUCCGCAUGAGCCCCGGUCCGGAGCCGGACGAGCAGAUCCUGUCGGCGGAGAUCCCUGAGGGGAAGAAGGAGGAGUGA